AUGUCUGCGAGUUCGCCGUCGGUGGGCGCCACAUGGAGCGAAUCAUCUCCAGAGUACGAGACAUGUCGCCAACAUGAAGGACAUGGAAACAACAACAGCAGCAGCAGCAGCAGCUUCCAUCGGCCUUCCACCGAGAGCACCAACUGUAAUGACGCACAGUCUUUCUCUCCCACGAGUGACGCAAGCUGGGGUUCGUCUCCCGCUCCGAUCCAGGGCAGCUACAUGGACCUUUCGGAUACCACCACUGCCACCACUACCAUUAGCAUCACCUCUCCCAACAGCAGCAGCAUGUCUGCCUAUCCCGGUCAGCAGCAGCAGCCGCAGCACCAACAGCAGUCAACAGAGCUAUCACAACACGGGCUGUCAGAUGCGUCUGCGUGCCUAGGAACCGUUGAAACAGACACUCUCUUCAACAAUGCCGGCGCUUCUCAUCCACAGCAGCGACAAACUCUGUCGGAUUUUGUGGUUUGGACAUCAGCCCCAUCGUCAUCACUCGCCUCGGCUUCUUCCUCGUUUGUUUCCCACCCUCAAGCUGAACCAAGGUGGCACCAGUACUCUGUCUCUGCUGAGCCAAUGUUGGAUGAACCUCGGUUGUCGUCUUCGUCACUUUCACUCGACAACAUGUCUGAAGGCGGCCUGUCUACCAUGCCCUCCAGCCCCAUCAACCCAUUCCACAAUGGUGGUGGUGGUGCCACUGGUCACCACUCACUUGUGUGUGACGGCCUCCCCAGCCCUACGCACAGCAGCUUCGGACGCUCUUCUGCCAACGGUGGUGUCUCACUUCAGCACCAGCACCAGCACCAGCAGUACCCAUCAGUCAUGCUCAACGGCGGCCAGCUGGCGGCGGCGGGCGGCGUUCCGUUUGACAGCGGUAAUAACUUCUCACAUCAUCCGUCUUCGUCCCCCUCCUCCAGCACCAUUGGCGGCGGUGGUGACAUCCUCUUCCGGGGUCCCAUUUCCCACCGCACGGUAUUUGACUACCCAUCUUCGGCGGGUCCUACACACACAAACUUUGACCAUGAGACCAAUGUCACCCUAAAGGCCGAGGGACCACUGUCCGUCUCGCCUGGCUCGUUCCAUGUCUGGCUGAACAACAAUCAUCAGCAACAACACAAGACGCCUACGCCUCACCCUUCAGUUUCACCUGAAUCCUCGCCUAUCGGCGCCAACAACACUUUCUUCCAGCACAACAACCAAAUGCCAUUGCCCAUUGACUUUGGCGGCAACAACGCUGUUCAGUUCGGCGGCAGUGGUCAUAUCAACACCAGCCAACUACACCCCCAUUACGCCCAACAAGUUGCCGCCAGCAACCGCAGCACGCAACGCAAGUCCCUGCCUCACAGCCCCCCGCACCGUGGAAUGGGCAGCGGUGGCGGCCGGCCACCCAGCCCUCGUUACAACCCCGCCGUCAUGACAACCAGAGAAAUGCUCCCCUCCUCCCAUCCUAACUCUCCCUCCAUGUCCAUGGCCUGGGCACAUCACCAAGGACAGGGCCAUCCUCACGGUCUUCCCCAUCAUCAUCCCCUGAUGAUCAAGCCAAACACCAUUCCCUCGCACCAUCACCAGCACCCUCACCCCUCACUGGCUUCCAUGUCCCACUCCCACUCCCGCAGACAACAACCCUUCCACCACGGCGCCCACCCCUACCAUAACAACCACAACAACAACAGACGCCGCGGUCAAGGUCACCACCAAGAUAACAACGCAACCGACCAUCUCAAGCGCGCCCGAGCGGAACAAGACGCGCUUCUGGUUCGUCUUCGCAAGCAAGGAAAGUCGUACAAGCAGAUCCGCCAACUUGGUCGGUUUACCGAAGCGGAGUCGACUUUGAGGGGGAGGUAUAGGACUUUGACGAAGAGUAGGGAGCAGAGGGUUCGGAAGCCGGAGUGGACUGAUAAGGAUUUGCGACUCCUCGAACGAGCUGUUAGAGAGCUGGCUAAAGGGCCGUUGAGCGUUACUUACUCUAACGCCUCCAAGAAUUCCUCUUCUGUUGGCUCAUCUUCGUCGUCCUCGACAACACCCGUUGGUGAGGCGGCCAUGAGUAUCACCUCCCUCGUCUCUACUUCUUCCAAAUCAUCCACCACAACUGCCUCCUCGCCCAGCACAACAUCGGCCUCAUCCCCUAGCAUCACCACCACCCAAUCCCAAGCCCAAGUACAAUCCCAACCCCAAAACCAAAAGCAACCGCAAGGCAUCCCAACAACCACCACCAAAAUCCCCUGGAAGCAAGUAUCCCAUUACAUCGUCUCGCACGGCGGCUCCUACAAGUUCGGCAACGCCACGGUGCGCAAGCGAUGGGAGGAGCUGAUGCGCGACCAGCUUGCGCGGGGCAAGGACUUGCAGCGGCCGUUUUGGGAGCAGAGGAGUAAGCGGAGUCCUUAUCACUCUCUUUCUCUGUCUCAGUCUCAGUCUCAAGCCGCUUCGUCUUCUUCCGGUUUUGCUUCUAGGGCUGCUUCUACCCGUCAGGCUCAAAGCCAGGGCCAGGGCAAGACUGCUGGUGCUGAGGCUGUGGGGGAGGUUAAGAGAGAGAGGGACGCUGCUGCUGCUGCUGCUGCUGGUCAGGUGAAGAGCGAGAGGGAAGAGGGGAACGAGGAUGGCAAUCUAGCCUACUCCGAUUGGCUCGACAUGAGCGCCUUGGGCGAUGAUGCGGAUGAGAACCAUAACGACAACGAGGGAAGUAACAACGGCACUGAUGGUGAUGGGGACUACGACCUUUCUGAUGCGUCGGACUCUGAGGAGGAGGAGGAGGAGGAGGAUGGGGAUGCAGAUUCGGAUGAUGAUUAUAUGGAGGAGUGA